AUGGUGGAGGGUGAAGAGCAGGAACCUCAGGCGAAGAGCUACCGGCGCUUACCCAGCGGAGAUGUCUUGAUCGACUUGCACGGGCUGCCGGUGGAGGUGUCCAAGAUUGCCGUGCAGGUGGCCAUCGAGGACCUGGUGCUGGGGCCUCCGGGCGUGCCGGCGGCGGACCAGCUCGGGGCGCUGAUCAUCGUCACCGGCGUGGGCAACAACAGCCCAGGGAACGUGCCGCUGAUCCGCCCGGCGGUGACCUCCUUCCUGAGGGAGGAGCUCUCGCUCAAGGUCCUGGAUAACCGCGAUGGGCCUGGGCGCCUGCGCAUUCCGGCAUCAGAGCUCAGGAAGCUCCGAGGGGUUCCGCGCCCCAAGAGAUGA